AUGGCCACCGCUCAAGAGACCAUGAGCAAGCCCAGAGCGGCGGCGACGCCUGCAAAGGCGACGGCUGAUGCGAAGAAGGCGACGAUACGAUAUCCCUUUUGGUUCGGAGGAAGUGCCAGUAGUAUGGCUGCCUGCGUAACCCAUCCUUUGGAUCUAGGUAUGUUUCGAGUUCGUCUUCAGAUGCGCACUGGCAAUGCGCCCAAGAACAUGGUCGGCACAUUCGUCCACAUCAUCCGCAAUGACGGCCCCCUCGGUCUCUAUAGUGGUAUAUCAGCCUCGCUAUUGCGCCAGAUGUCGUAUUCCACCGUCCGAUUCGGCGUCUACGAAGAAAUAAAGACGCGCAUUACACGCCGUAAUGGAGGCCGUGACCCAUCAUUUGCGACUCUUGUUGGUCUUGCCGCUGCAUCUGGUUUUGUAGGCGGUAUCGCUGGAAACUUUGCCGAUGUACUCAAUGUGCGCAUGCAGCACGACGCUGCGCUUCCCCAGGCCGAACGUCGAAACUACCGUCAUGCUUUUGACGGCAUGGUUCGCAUGGCGCGUGAAGAAGGACCUAAGAGCAUGUUCCGUGGCUGGCUACCUAACAGUACUCGUGCCAUGUUCAUGACAGCCGGUCAACUCGCCAGUUACGAUAUUUCAAAGAGUCUGCUUCUCAAGUACACGCCCAUGGAGGAUAACCUCAAGACUCACUUCACCGCUUCGUUCAUCGCUGGUUUUGUUGCUGCUACCAUUACAAGUCCUGUUGAUGUCAUUAAAACUCGUGUCAUGUCUUCGGCGCAUGACCACGGAGUUCUGCAUUUAAUCCGCGAUAUUCAUCGAACUGACGGCCUCAUGUGGAUAUUCAAGGGCUGGGUGCCCAGUUUCCUUAGACUUGGACCGUAA